AUGUUGGAGGCUGUGAUUUAAUUGAAAGAGAAAGAGUUGAAAUAGUACUAAGAGAAGAAAGAAACUUUGAAGAAGGAUUUGGAAGUAACAAAUUUGUAAGUAGUGGAAGUGAAGAAAUAGUUGAAUAAAAAAAAACAAUAAAAAUCAUUAGUAACAGAUCCUAAUGAGGUAGAAGUAACUGAAGAUGCAUUAUCUUAAUAAAUAAAUAGUUUAAAUACUAAAAACCUGAAUUUAAAGGAUGAUUUGCAGAAGUUGGUGUAAUCACAGAGUCAACCAAUAUUCUAAACCUUGUAAUAGAUUGAAGGAACUAAGACUCAAUUAGAAGAAUUACAAUCAACAAUUAAAGAAAAAGAUAAGAAAUUAGAUAUAUUGGAGUAAUAAUUAUAAUAAUUAUCUAUGCAUCAAUCCAGAGUGACUAUUCAACCAACUUUUUAUUUUGAUGAUGAUCCAUUGUUAUUGGAAUUGUAAGAUAAAUUUACAAAAGAAAGUGAGAUGUUAGAUGAUCUAUAAUCGAAAUUAAAGAGAACUGCUGAAAGACAUCAUGAAUUAGCUAUUAAAUUAUAGGAUUGGGCAGAAAAAGAGCAUAAAUUAGCAAUAGAAUUAGAUUAAAGAAGGUAAUCAGUCGAGAAAAUAGAAAAAGAAUUAGAGGUAUUAUUUUAGAAGCAAUCAGAUUUAGAUAGUGAUAAAGUUAAUAUUCUAUAAAGGAUAUACUAAUUAGAUUUGGACAAUUAGGAGUUAAAUGAAUAAGAAAUAGUUUCGAGGAAUAGAAUUAAGGAAAAGAAAGACUAUGUUUAAGUGUUAUUCAAGAAUUUAGUAGAAAUGGAUGAGAAGAUGUUAUAAUUGAGGAAUAGGAUGGCUGUUUAUUCACGAGAAGGUAGACAAUUAACAGAAUAGGUGGAGAAUUUAGAGAAUGAGAAAGAAAUGAAAUAAGAAAGCUUGUAAGUUCGAUUUAAGAGGAAUUGGAAAGUUUGGAAUUAGAAAAAGGAGAAAAAUAACAUAUGA